GUUUUUGUUCAUUUAUGCGAAGCCUUUCUUGGUGUUUUGCCCCACUUUGGCCUUUGGAAGUAUUUGUACUACUGUCGGCCUGGGAUGGCCGGAGGGCAGCACCAGCUGGUGGGGGGCGCGAGCUUGGAGAUGCGCCGUGGGAGGAAGACCGACUACCUCGACAUCCCACUCAAGGACAGCAUCAAGGGAUGGCGCCUGGAAUGGUUCAUCAUGGAGAAUCAUGGGAAUUCCCUCCCCCCACAGUCAGGGAGACAGCCGGAUGUUCGCACUCCGAGUUGGACCGAAUCCCCCACAGACCAGGAGGUGGCUGAGGCAGGGGCUCUGUUAGUAGAAGUUGGAUUGUUGAAAGAAAGGGGUCUAACUGCAGAAGCUGUGGUCGCUGACUUUGUUUUCAAGAACAUUCAGCCACUGAAAGACAGAGCAUAUCCGGCCUAUCUGUACCGAGGCUUCGCUGAUUCAACCCGGGUGACCAACAAAAAAAUUCCUACUGUGGACUUGGUGAGCCGGCUCGAGAUGAUACUCAGAGGCAAAGUGUCGAACAUCGGCGCUCCUGUUGCAUACUCGGCCUGGAAUUUGCCUCCUUCCCAGGCCUUUACCAGUUUCGUGUCAAAUCCUCAUGCUGGUGAUUGCGGUUUGGGCCUUAGAGUGCGACCCUCUCUCGAAGAAGUUAGUGCUUUGGUUGCCUCACUCGGAGAAAUUCCUGACGACGAGAGGCAGGUUCAUUUUGAGGUGCCUUUGAAUCCAAGUGACGCAGAGAUAAGUGCCAUGCUGGAUAUGUUAGCUGAAGAUUCUUAUGAUGCCGCUCUUGCUGAAACAUUGGUGGUGGCGCCCAUCCCUGAGGCCGACAAAGCUUUGGACGCUCAGAGGUCUGACAAUGUUCGCCCAAAAUGUUCUCGCCGAGCCGAUCAACCCACUUUUCCUGUUGAGGGGCAGAAAAAGAAGAAGAGACGUCUUCGUCGAGUGUCUAGCUUGGAUCAGGGUGCCGGUCCUUUUGUUCCUGUUGCUGAGGAAGUGUCAGUGCCUGAAUUUGCUGAAGCUGACCCCAAUGGGUGUGACCCUACUGAAGCUGACCCCAAUGGGUGUACUGUCCGUGCUGUUGAUGAAGAUGAUGAAGAAGAGGAUGAGAUCCCUCUGAUUCGGAAGAACAGCUGGCGUUACAUAGCUAGUGGGGAAAGUAGUGGUGUUCCUUCUCCUGCCUUGUCUGCCCUCAUUGGUCUGCAAGAGUUAUCUCUGGCGAACUUUGAUCAAACUCUUGAAGACAUGGUUCCAGAAGAUCUGUUGUCAGAGCCGACGGAUGGUGGCACGAUGGAUGUUUGUGCUGAUGUGCCCGAUGCCGGGUUGGGGUCAUCCCGGGCAGCGUCCCGCGCCUCAUCGACCUUGGAGCGUGGUCUUGAGGGUCAGGAGGCUAGUCUGGAUUGCACUACUCCUAUGGAAGUGACUGAGGGACCUUCAGCCUUAGAGGUGGCUGCUGCAGAGAACUCGGCCCUCAAGGAUGGUGCUGGCGCUUACCCAGCCCCCGAGGGUGUUGCCGGAGAUGAUCCGGCUCGGAUGGGUAACGUGAGCUGUGACCCAGCCCCCAAGGGUGUCCGAGUGGGUUCUCCCUCCCACACUUCCAUGGAUGUUCACGUAGGGUCUUCUUCUCCACACUCUGGUUGCAUGGCGAUAGCCCAAGCCUUCGGUCAAGGAGUCGCUUUAGAUGCCAGCACACCCGACGACAGGGUUAUGGGUUCUGCCGGUGACACUAAAUUGGUUCCUGUUGAUUCGUUGCGAGUUGUUCCGGUUGGUGAUCCUUCGCCGAGCCAUCAGUUGAUCUCUCACGACUUGGGGGUCCCCUCAUUCUUCUCCAACCUCCAGGCGUUGGUCGAUGAAAUGUCUAGUCGGCUGAAGUUGCAGGGUGCCUCUGUCCCAGAGGGAGCUUUGUCUCUGGUGCGUUGGAAUCCAGUGCUGCUUCAGCGGCGUGUAUCUGAUUUGGAGGCGGCAAAUGCCGGUCGGUGCUCUUUUGCUUCUUUUUUGGCUACCUGAUUAAACUGCUUUUUAUUUU